AUGCCUCGGCUCCUCGAGGGGCAUUGCCCAUCCAGAUUCUUCGCCGAGGCUGGUGCCGGCACCCUGGACAGCGCCACGGCCGGCGGGAUGGACACGUAUGAGCUGGACUACCCUCCCCUUCUCUCCGAUUUCGUUCUGUACAGUACACUAGGUGAUACGCACGGCCGGCAUUCUUCCAUACCCAGAGAGCACAUGCCGGCUGGAGAUGUGUUGCUGCAUGCAGGAGAUCUCACCAACACGGGUGAACUUGAGCAAGUGCAGUCCUUCAGCAAGUGGCUGGAAGAUUAUCCUGCAAAGAAGAAGGUCAUCAUUGCUGGAAAUCACGACAUCACCUUCCAGGAGGACUACUAUAUAGCCCGCGGGGCUCAGCGAUUUCACGGCGGUAUCCGCUAUGAUUGCAGCCAGGCAAAGCAGCUGCUCAAGAACGCCAUCUACUUGCAGGACUCCUCGACGGAAGUCCAUGGCUACAAGAUCUACGGUUCUCCCUGGCAGCCCGACUUUUACGACUGGGCCUUCAACCUGCCGAGGGGUGAACAACUACAGAGGCGCUGGGGCGCCAUUCCGGUCGACACCGAUAUCCUUUUGGUGCAUGGCCCACCAGCUGGAUAUGUGGACAUCACCCCGGUGGGGCGAGUUGGAGAUGCCGAUUUACUCGCUGCCGUCCAGAAUCGCAGCAUUCCAGUGGUGGUCACAGGACACCUGCAUAUGGCUCAUGGCGUGGCAACGGAUAACGUGACUCUCUUUGUCAAUGCAGCGACCUGCACGGAAGACUAUCAGCCCAUACAGCCGCCCAUUGUUUUUGACCUGCCGCCUGCCAAGCAACUCAGAGAAGUCAUUGCGCACGCUGCAGGACGUCAACGACAAGGGCCGGCCUAG